UAGAAUGUUUAGGUUUUGACGAUAACACAACAAUUUUAGCAAUCAUUUUGUCGAGCUGUUCUUUAAAAUAGGCGGUUAGUGCAUCAAUAAGCAAUGGUUUGCCGGACCUGUCUUUCUACAACAGAAGCCACGUAUCGUUCAUUAUACAAAGAAUCUUUCAUUUGUGGUAAAAAGCGAAAGUUUUCCGACUUGCUUAUGGAGUUUAUUCCAAACCUACAGAUCAUUGAAAGUGACAACCUACCCAAGACAAUAUGCAAUAGGUGUUGUUUAACAAUAAAACACCUAAUUCGGUUCCGCAACCAAUGUUUACAGUCAGAUGAUCGUUUGAGAACAAAGCCUUGGAUAAACACAAAUAUGACUGCCGGAGUAGAGUUAGUUACUGGAAACAACACUGGCAUCAACGACGAAUUGAUUAAUAUAACAUUAGAAAGUAUGACGCCAGAGUCCACUACAAUACUAGACGAUAUUUUCCUCAAUGAAAUCUUCGAAUCUACCAAACCUGAAUCAGUUAACUUACAGACUAGAACCAACCCGACUCGGAAUCUCGAAUGCCAAUAUUGCCAUAAAGUGCUUAGCAGUAGGAAAUCCUUACGUUGCCACAUGCAGCUUCACUCCGAGGAAGCAUCCUUCCUGUGCACCUGCUGCGGUGAACGAUUUAAAACUAAAAUGGCUUACACAGGUCACAUGGCUACACACGAUCCGGACAAAUUCCGAUGCGAUGAUUGUGGAAAAACAUAUCGUCAAGCAGCUUCACUUCGUAGCCAUAAACUGAGUCACAGUCAGAAAAAACCAUUCAGCUGCUCCAUUUGUGGUCACUCAACGACACAGAGAAGUGGCCUUAAGAAGCAUAUGCUAACCCAUUCCGACAUCAAAUCGUACGUUUGUGAUCUCUGCGGUGAGCACUUUCGAUUUUCCUGCAAUCUAAUCAUGCACAAACGACGGAAACAUUUGCGACAGAAAGAUUUCAUGUGUUCCAGUUGCCCCAAAGAAUUCAUAUCCAAAGAUGAGCUGCUCAGUCAUGCCAUUUGCCACUCGAACGAUCGGCCAUUCAAAUGCGAAAUAUGCGAAAAGACUUUCAGUCGGAAAAGUUCCCUUCAGUUCCAUCAAAAACACAAGCAUUACGUCCUGGCAAAAAUCUCGUGUCAUAUAUGUGGUAAAGGUUUCUCCCAAAAGGUAUCGUUACAAAGUCAUCUUCGGACACAUAUAUUAACGGAGUAAGUUUGCAGAAACGAGGAAAAUUUAUGUAAAAUAAAUGGCAAGCUUUGACAAAUAA